UAUAUAGACACAUGUAUAUAUUUCUCCAUUAUAGCAACAAUUUUUCUCUCCCUUGAAGGUUUAGUCUCUUCUUUAAUUCUCUGUGGAACUGCAAGCCAUGAAUGGGUAUAGAGAAGACAAUUGCUGCUGCUAUUUCCAUCCUAAAGAGUCUGUUAUAGGAGUUUGUCCUCUAUGCUUAAAUGAGAAGCUUCUUGUAUUGGCUGCAAAGCAAGGCCAAGUUUCAUCAUCAAGAUCACACCAAGCUUUUUCUACCAGGAAGCCUUCCAUCAGCCUCUCUAAGAUCUUUGCUUUAGGUUCUCUCCUCAACCGCCUCGAAUUUCGCCAUUGGAAGUCUGAUAAUAACUCUGAUAAAUCUGAUGCCUCCACCAGCCCUGAAGAGUCCUUUAUAUCAAUAAAGUUUGAAGAGAAUGGAGCAGCCUCAUGGGAAAAGGGCAAUAAGGUCAGUGUAGAGCAAAGCAGCAAGUCUUGGAACCAUGAUUUGAAUAGAGAAAACAAGGAUGCCAAACAAGGCAAAGACACUAAGGAGACAAUGAGCGUGAUAGAGCAUUCAAAGCCGCGUGGGUCGCUUAGGUGGAGAAAAAGGAUUGGUCAUCUAUUCCAAGUCAUCAGAUGGAAGAGGUCUAACAGAGGAAACAAUGUGUGCCACGUGGGAACCAAGGUGGAAGGAGUCAAGGUGAGGAAAGGGUGGAUAAGGACACUGACAAAGAGAAGGACCAAAGAAUAAAAGAAAGAAGAAAAGAAUUUGCGGAGAAAAUGACAUUAUCAUUUUCCUCCCUCUCUCUCGCUUUGGACUGUAAAGUUCUGUAUUAUUGUGAUAUACAAGUCAAAUUGCUUUACUUCUUUCA